AUGGCGUCCUCUCAAAGCUACAGCUCAACUGCCCGAGCUGGCGUCAAGCCUCCGCACCCCUCCAGCACAUCCGACAUAGCACCGAACUUCAGCGACCCCAACUUCGACCCUGCCGAGUUCCUGAAUGAAUCGCUCUCGCCGUUGACUGUGGCCUCCACACAGCCGAAUGCCUCUCGCGCACCCGGCUCCGUGCCGCUGACCGAGCUGUCGGCCCAGGUCCAGUCGUUGCUUUCCCAAAUCAGUGCACAGAACGUCCGUCUGUCAAGUACACUGUCUCAGCUCAGCGAUGAGAUUCUUCGAAGUGGCGGACGGCUAGCCUACGAGGUGGAGGUGUUGCGAGGAGAGACAAUUGGAUUGUCAGAGACUCUGACCGAGGUUCUGCGCGAGGAUAUCACCAAGUUCGUCCCAGACAACGCGACGGACAAAACAGUCGCGGGCAGGAAUAAGGAGCAAGAACUCGAAAACACCGAGGAUUCCACUGCUACUAUGGCGGCUACAAAGGAUGCCGAAGAGGGCCCACAGGAAGAAACCGAACAGACGGACCCGGCAGUUGCCCCGAAUGAACCUGAAUACAUCACCAACCUCCGGACCCUCAAUCGAGUCCGAUCACGACUCGAAGACGUUAUCCAAACCUUCGGAGAUGCCAUGGAAUGGCCCUUACCCCCAUCCGAGAUAUCGUUUUCAUCGUCUUUCAUUUCCGUCUCCGGCCCCGAGUUGGGCGCCGAGGGUCAUAGCCAGGAGGAGAAGGGCCAGGAGAUUAUGAAGAAACUACGCACCGAGAUAUCUGAGCUCCUCGACCGUGAUGGCGGUGGGCGCUCCGGCUUAGACGCUGCCACCGCUCGCGUGGAGGCUCUCCGAGAGCUAGCGAUGGUAUGGAAGGGAUCCGCGGAGGAAAAGGCCCGCCAACGAUUCGUGGACGCUCUUGCCCGAAUUGUCGAUGAGCGACGACGGAACCUGGAGCAUCAGCAGGCUGUGGCCGAACAGAACCAACGCGGGCCCAGGGCACGGACAGAGCAACGUCGAGAUAGUGAUAGCGGAGCCCCCGCGGGCGGGCUGUUCCGCAACCUACAGCGCCUACGGGAGGAGAUCUAUUUGGAGUAG